AUGUUUGUCCGAGCUGGAUCCGCGGAGUUGACCCCACUGAUCAACGACCCGAUGCCGUCAGCCCUGAUUGCACAUCCACAUUCAGUGUGUUCUUCUUUUUCAUAUGCCUGGGGACGGGCAAAGAACGUACUUGAUGCACCUAAAUUUAUUUCGGCUUGUACGAGGAUUGGUUUCGCUGCUCAGGCUCCAAUAGAAAUCUUGGACGAUGGGAAGGAGGAUGACAACGACCAUGGUGACACCGCUCAUGCUGAAUUCCCUAAGGCACUUGAGAUCUACAACACCUGGAUUACAGUCCUGGAAGCUGCUGGGCUGACCCCGGAUUUGGACGAUAUGGGUAACGAUAUGCGUGUCAUUACCCUGACCCGCAUAUUCUGCCCCGUAACAGAUCAUUUCAACACGGGCACACGGCACAUCCGUGACGAGGCAUGGGCUGAGAGCAUGGAAUCCGGCAACGGCGAUAUCUCCUACUUUGACUUCGUGGUUUCUACCACGCCGGGGGUCGUACAACGAGAAAGCCCGAAGUCGAAGCUAUAUGCUUCGGGCAGAUGCUCGACGUAG